AUGCUGCUCGCCGGAACCGCAAUCCUUAAACGCGGGAUAGUACGCAAUCUUUUGUCGGUCCAUCAGCAAGUGCAGCCGUGCGGCAUCGAUGUCUCUCUGCGGCAAGUCCUCCAAUGGACCUCACGACCAGUGAUCGACUUUGACAAUUCGCGUCGCCAGUCCGCCAGCACAUCCAAGCUUCCUUUUAGAUUGUAUCUCGUCGAAUUCAAUGAGACGGUUCACAUCCCCCUAGACUGCAUGGGCCCAUUGUUUGUCAGAUCGUCACUAUGGCGCUCGGGCGUCCUCCUUACGGCCGGCGUGAUUGAUGCUGGCUAUGAGGGAGUUCUGGGUGCUCUUCUUGAUGUCAAGAACCCCCAUGGUAUCUCCCUUUGCAAAAAUGCCAAGUUGGGUCAAGUUACCGUGCAUAAGCUCGAGGAGAAGGUUGCAGGGUAUAACGGUAUAUAUCAGUCUUCGCAGAGCACAGUUGGGCGGGACGGACCAGCGGCAUCGACCCCAAACCAGACAACUUGA